AUUUUUGAAACAACAUCAUCUUUUAAUUAAAACAAUUCGAUUGAAUUGAAAUUUGGUCUUCUACCUGAUUAGUAUCAAUUCUUCACCAAAACCCAGAUUAAAAUCCAUUCCAGAUUUCUUAAUAAUAGGGUUUCAUAUUGGGAUAACCAAAAUUAGAAGGAACAGCUAUGGCGCAUCUGACAACUCAUUCAUAAAAAUAUAAAGACCAAUUACAAUGCUAUCCGUACCUCUUUUCCAACUGUCCGUUUCAGGAGCAAACUAAUGACCCUGUACAAAGAUUAAAGGACAUCGUACAACUUCAAUUUUAUAAAGCAGAUUCUCCGGGAAAGACUGAAACACUUCUUUGUUCUGUUUCUCUCUUGAGAAGAAAAAUGGGAACUAAUUUUACGACGCAUUUAUCUCUGGUUCAACCAAAACCUUCACUUUCUGCUAAAACCCUUCAAAACCCAUCUCUGUCUCGCCUAUCCAUGCUCUCUCCUCCAUCAAGGGUUGGUUUUUUGCCAAAAAAGAGAACUGGGAUUUUUGGAAAAGUAUGGUUGGUAUCUGCUGUAUCGGACUCAGCCUCCUCAGUUUUGGAGAAUAAGAAAAACAGCAAGAAUCCCAUUAUCGUCAUUGACAAUUAUGAUAGUUUCACCUACAAUCUUUGCCAGUAUAUGGGAGAGCUUGGAUGUCACUUUGAGGUUUAUCGAAAUGAUGAGUUAACUGUAGAAGAGUUGAAAAGGAAAAACCCUAGAGGAGUGCUUAUCUCCCCUGGUCCAGGAACACCCCAAGAUUCUGGAAUAUCAUUGCAAACAGUUUUGGAACUUGGACCUAUUGUACCUCUGUUUGGUGUUUGUAUGGGUUUGCAGUGCAUCGGGGAGGCUUUUGGAGGAAAGAUAGUUCGUUCACCCUAUGGCGUUGUGCAUGGCAAAAGUUCUCUCGUAUAUUAUGAUGAGAAGGGGGAAGAUGGCUUGCUCACUGGAUUGUCAAACCCUUUCAAAGCCGGAAGAUAUCACAGCCUCGUGAUUGAAAAGGACAGUUUUCCUUGGGAAGCACUCGAGGUUACUGCUUGGACAGAAGAUGGACUGAUAAUGGCUGCUCGGCACAAAGUAUAUAAGCAUCUACAGGGUGUUCAAUUCCACCCGGAGAGCAUCAUAACCUCUGAAGGAAAAACAAUUGUUCGCAAUUUCAUCAAACUGAUAGAGAGAAAGGAGGCUACUGAAUCCCAGAAUUAGAG